GCAUAACAUUGUAGGUAUCAACAUACAGCUAACGCAAUUUUCGUCGUCUUAUAACGCAGAACCUCGCUAUGGUAGGGAUGACUUUAAAAAUGUAAAAUUGGAUUAAAACCGUGACCUAUAACGGAACCAUCGGAUGGCAAUCACUCCUUGUUGUUGCUUGCUUUAAAAAAAAACUCAGUAUAUAAAAGUGGUGCGGUGAGACGGUCCUUUUUCGCAAACUUGGAGGCUGCGUCGAGAUGUAUCUCAAAUGUUCGCGUGGUGUGGUCGCACUGACUAUAUAUUUGUGUUGUGUGCAUUUUUGUGUCGGCCAGUUUCUAACGUUUAGAAACUAUGAACCUGCUCCAACACAACCGCCUCUACCGUUCCCGCCAUGUCGAGCGGACAAUUUGCAAUGCCUUCGCCGUGGUCUACGAACCUUUUUCUUCCUCAUGGAUUCGAGGCAUUUGGGCAUGACCCCCGUCGACCCGAUGAUUUUAAACAGCGUCACAGUGGCCGUGCCUUAUGAGCAAAUGUCAUUUUUGUUACGAAAAGUCAAUGUCACUGGUGCAAGGUGGACGAAACUUGAGGAUCGGAAGUUUAAUUUGCAAAAUGGAAAAAACGGUGUAAUAUUCAAAAGCGACUUACAUGUAGUGGGUGAAAUAACUAUGAUGCUAUCAGGAAGAUCGGAUCCUUUUGUAUCGUAUCUUACAAUGGAAUUAAAUGAUGUAGAAACAAAUAUUACUUAUUCAUGGUCCGGUCAGCGUGGUUACGACAACGAGGAUUACAUACUCAUAGGCCAAGAGCGAAUAGCCGUAAGAAACUCUAAGACGCCUUUGUUCUAUUUGCAACCUAAUUUUAUCAAUUCAGAUAACGAAACUAUAGGUGGAACUGAAGAUGCAUAUAUGAUUGAAGAAGUAUUAACAACAAAAAGCGCCAUAUUAGAUUAUUUAUCUAAUGAAGUUACCAUAGCCUUAAUGCAUACAGUUGUAGAUAAUUUUAGAUUAUUUGCCAAUCAAGUGCCAGUUAAGAACUUUUAUUUAUACAGUUAGUAAUUUAUAAUAAAAUAUAUUAAAUACAAAU